AACUUAUUCAGAGUUGCCGUCCCGAUGCGACGAAUUGGGGUUCGCAUAAAUGCUGGGAGAGGAGCUUCGUAGAAAUUUGCAAUGGAAUCAAGUUCUUCUAUCACAGAUGUAUAAUGCUCCAAAAGGUGCACCUCGGGAAUUCGCUGUAUUAAGAGCACUGAAGAAAGACCAUCCGGGUCAUAUGCUGGUGUUCACAGACGUUGGACUACACGACAAUCUUAAGACAAAAACAAUAUUAAUGUACAUGAAAAAACUGUUAGAGGAAACAAAAACCCUAGGAGAUACAGACAUUCUGUUUAUGACACCAUAUAUCCCAGGAUUACAAAAGUCCCCAUCGUUUACUGGCCAAACUGAGAAGAGGACAAUUGAGUUUGCUAAUUUCUUUCGUAGAUUUUCGAAAAACAUGAAUAUAUCAUUUCUUGAUCCUACUGAGCUUGUCAGGCCGCUCGUAAGUGUGGAUGGCACACAUUAUACAAACGGGCUAAAUGAAGCAAUAGUAGACAUUAUAUCCAACUAUAUUCUAAAAGCCUCCUGAUCGCUUGCAUCAUUUUUGCCUUUCAAAGCUCUUGUCUUUUUUCACAACAUAUCAGAUAACAAACGUA